AUGUUUGUCAUUGAAAAGUAUUUCCUUGCAAAAUUGCCUUCACUUGGGAAUGAUUCUUUCUAUAAAUGCUGGAAUAUUACAAGUGUAUCACUUAAUUUGCCUAAUGCAGAAAUCGGAAUAAGGAUUUUUGAAGGAUGCAGAGGUUUAGUUAGUGCUUCAUUUGUAAAUGGAUUCAAGUCGAUAACUAAAGACAUGUUUAUGGACUGUAUAAAAUUAAAAUCAAUUUCAUUACCUGAUUCGAUAUCAAAUCUUUCAUUCAGAUGUCUUCACAAUACAGCCUUAGAAUCAUUCAAAAUUCCGAACUCAGUAAGAAGUAUUGGAUUUUUUGGUGUGAUUCCUACUUUGAAAAGAAUAUAUAUAGGAUCACCUUCACAACUUGUAGAAAUACAAUAUAAUACAUUUGGUUGGUUGAAUUGCCAAGGUCAGGCUGAACUAACAUUCCCGAAUAUUGAGUAUAUUGGUUUGGCAAGUAACAACAAUUUUGUAGUUUAUAAUAACUAUCUCUAUACAAAAGAUUACAAAACAUUAAUUGUCUGUCUCCCUGAAAACCAAAAUGACACAACAAACUUCUCUCCAAAAACAGAAAUAAUUCAAUCAUUUGCCUUCUUCAACAAACAUAAUUUAAAAAAAAUUAAUUUUCAAUAA